GCCACAGGAAGAGGAAGCGCCUGAUACAGACUGGGCAGAGCCGGUCCCGGAGAGGAAAUCUGAUCCGGAGCUGUGCAAAUCCCGGCGCCGAUGGAAAGGCUGGUCAGUUCCGAGAGCUUGGCCGCCAAGAAGCCGCCACGCUUGGCGCCUGGCUCCGGGCAGACGAGCGUGGAUUCUCAGGACAGCCCUGCAGGGUCUCACGUCGAGUGGUGCAAACAGCUUAUAGCUGCGACCAUCUCAACCCAGCAUGCAGCUACUGCAGUGCCUGAAGCCAUCUCCAAGGAUUAUCGGGAGAUUCAGGAUGGACGCAGUGGGUCCUGUCAUUCUGACCCUGACCCGAGUGUACUUCCCUUGGUCCUAAGGGAUGGAAAUAAGUUGGCUCAGAUGGAGGAGGCACCGCUCUUUCCAGGAGAAGCUAUCAAAGCAAUUGCCAAAGACGUCACAUACAUUUGCCCUUUUAUUGGAGCUAUCAGUGGGACACUGACUUUGACUAACUACAAACUGUACUUCAAAAGCGUGGAGCGUGAUCCCCCUUUCACACUUGAUGUUCCACUUGGGGUCGUGAGCCGUGUUGAAAAAAUUGCUGGUGUUCAAGGUCACGGUGCUAGUUCCUGUGGCCUGGAGAUUGUGUGUAAGGAUAUGAGAAACCUACGGUUUGCUUACAAGCAGGAAGAACAUGCCAAACUGGAGAUCUUUGAGAAUCUUACCCUGUAUGCCUUUCCUGUCUCAAAAAACUUGCCACUUUUUGCAAUGAAAUACAAAGAGGACUUCCCGGUGCAGGGUUGGAAGGUGUACGACCCUGUUGCGGAAUAUAAAAGACAGGGCCUGCCAAAUGAAAGCUGGACAAUAUCUAAAGUCAACAGUAGCUAUGAACUCUGUGACACAUACCCGGCAAUUGUGGUCAUACCAACCAGCGUCAAGGACGAUGACCUUUGCAAAGUGGCAGCUUUUCGGGCCAGUGGCCGAUUUCCGGUCCUGUCAUGGAUCCAUCCAGAAACCCAAGCGACGAUUACCAGAUGCAGCCAGCCGAUGGUUGGACCCAGUGACAAGCGAUGCAAGGAAGAUGAGAAGUACUUACAGACCAUCAUGGAUGCUAAUGCUCAGUCUCACAAGUUAACUAUCUUCGACGCUCGACAGAACAGCGUUGCAGAUGCCAAUAAGGCCAAAGGAGGAGGCUUUGAGAGUGAAAGUGCCUACUCAAAUGCCGAGCUUGUUUUCUUGGAGAUUCAUAAUAUCCAUGUCAUGAGGGAGUCUCUGAGGAAACUGAAGGACUUUGUUUACCCAGUCAUAGACGAAUCCAAGUGGCUGUCAAAUAUCGAUUCAACUCAUUGGCUAGAGUAUAUACGGAUCCUGUUGGCCGGAGCAGUCCGCAUUGCCGACAAGGUUGAAUCUGCGAAGACCUCGGUUGUUGUCCACUGCAGCGAUGGCUGGGAUCGCACUUCACAGCUCACGUCCCUCAGUAUGCUAAUCCUUGACAGCUACUACCGAACCAUCAAGGGGUUUGAAGUCCUGCUGGAGAAGGAAUGGCUGAGUUUUGGGCACAGAUUUGCAGUUAGAGUAGGACAUGGGGAUGAGAACCAUGCAGCUGCUGAUCGCUCGCCCAUCUUCCUUCAGUUCAUUGAUUGUGUGUGGCAGAUGACAAGACAGUUCCCGGCAGCGUUUGAAUUUAAUGAGCUCUUCCUGCUGACCAUCCUGGACCAUCUGUACAGCUGCCUGUUUGGGACGUUCUUGUACAAUUGUGAGCAACAGAGAGUGAAAGAGGAAGUGCAGACAAAGACAGUCUCCCUUUGGUCCUACAUUAACAGUCAAUUGGAGGAGUUCACCAACCCAUUUUAUGUGAAUUAUGAAAACCAUGUGCUUUACCCGGUGACCAGUUUACGGCAUUUGGAGUUGUGGGUGAACUAUUAUGUCAGGUGGAACCCAAGGAUGAGACCUCAGGUUCCCAUUCACCAGAAUUGUAAGGAGCUUCUCAGCAUCCGGGCCGAACUUCAGAAAAAGGUCGAGGAGCUUCAGCGUGAGGUCAGCAACCUGGCGAUCUCGUCGUCCUCCGAGAGAGCAUCUCCCACACACUCCGUGUCUCCUGUGCAGACGACUGUCUGACACACCUGCCAUUGCAGCACCCUGGUCUGCCGGUACUCAGUCAUUCGUGUAAACCACUAGCAAGACUGUAAUAUUUACUUGAAAGCUGUAAAUACAGUUUCUGUUUUUGUACAAGUGUAUUUGUGUGUGCAAUACUUUGCUGCCUAUGUUUAUGUUCUGUAAGCCUCUGUGUGGAUGGCCCUGGUGCAUUACCACUUCAUUACCCUGAAGCCAAGACCUUCCCCACAGAGGAAAUGUAAGUGCUACUGUAUAGUCCAGCCUCAACUCUUGGCAAAUUUUGGCCAGUAAAGUCUCACAGAGGCGCUUGGGAUGGGAGAGUACAUCUGAUGGUCAAGGGACCACAGUGCCAAGCUUCUUCACCAGUCACAACUGUGUCUUUUAAACUCCCCAACAACACAUUUCCAACAUUGGUUUCCUGAAAUGAAACCUGACUCACCAAUUGUAUCGCAGUUCACAAAAGAGUUCCACUUUUGUUUGUUGGAUAGGUAACGUUACUAUUAAUAUUUUAUCGAUCUUAAUAAAGUGUAUAUAUUUUUAUAUAGUGCCCAUAGAUUAAUCUCAUUAUUGCAAAUAAAUUCAAACACUUUUCAAGUGUUAAUGAAGACAAUAUGUAAUGAAUGUUAAUGAAGACAAUAUGUAAGAUGUACUCUUUGUAAUACUCUGUCUUACAGAUGACUAAAAUGUGGUUAAGACAGGUUUAAGUCAAUUUGCCAGAGCAUCAUUGUCCAUUAUUUAAGUGAGGAUUUAGGCAGAGAGUGGUAUAUCUGUGGAAUUCAUUGCCACAGACAGUGAGGCCAAGUCAUUGGGUAGAUUUAAAGCAGAGGUUGAGAGGUUCUUGAUUAGUAAGGGUAUUAAAGGUUACGGGCAGAAAGCAAGAGAAUGGAGUUGAGGGGGAUAAUAGAUCAGCCAUGAUGGAAUGGCGCAACAGACUUGAUGGUCUGAAUGGACUAAUUCUGCUCCUAUGUCUUAUGGAUUUGUUAUUUUUUCUAAAUGGGUAUGUGCCAUCUCUUUUGAGAUAAUAGAACUAAAAUUUGGAUGCUGAGGUUUGUCAAGACUGACACAUCAUUGGAGACUUGGAUUAUUUAAACUUGAUGAUUUCAGCAAUUUCGUACGAAACAGUUUUCAAAAAACCACAGGUUUGAUUGAAACCAGCAAAAAGUCUUCAAUUUAUAAUUGAUGUAAAAUGUAUUUUUCAUUAUUUGAUUUGGUAAAUAUUUGCAUUGUUUCAGUAAAUCUGGUCAAUUCUGUUUUCACAAUAUUUUUAUGAUCGAUUUCUAAUUGUCUUUCAAUAAUUUAACCAGAGGCCAAUAAUAAUUGAUUGUUUUAACCACACAUCCAAAGUUGUCACAUUUUCCAAAUCAUUUUAACCAAUAUUAGCUAAAUGAGCCAGAUAUUUCAAUAACUAGUAAUCUAUUUUUGUUCUUCAUAUGGUCUGCUCCACAGAUUGGCAAAGGCUACACAAAAGCUGUUGCCAUUGGAUUAGUACAGUGUAACAUUGGACAAACAUUUGCUCAUUUUUACAUUCUUGUGGUUUUUGCACUUUAGUUGUCUGCAUCUUGUUGUCAAAGAAAACUCACAAUCUCACUGCCAGUCGGUGGGCCAAAUGGCCUAAUUCUGCUCCUAUAUCGUAUGAUCUGUGGUCUAAUUUUGCCAUAAAUGUAUAUUUUUUUGAGUUGGAUAAAUAAGCUGUUUUCAUUUCUGGUUGCUCCAUUGUCAGAAGAAUUUGGAAGCUUUGGAGAGGGUGCAGAGAAGGUUUACCAGGAUUGGAUUACAAGCUUUUCUCCUUGGAGGGUGGGAGGAGUACAAGACAGAGUGGACAGUCAGUGCAUUUAUCCCAGGGGGGAAAUGGCUAAUACAAGUGGGCAUAGUUUUAAGAUGACUGGAGGAAAGUAUAGGGGAUGUCAGAGGUAGGUUUUUACACAGUGUGGUGGGUGUGUGAAAAGCCCUGCCAGGGAGAUGGUAGAGACAGACACAUUCGGGAUAUUUGACAGAGUCUUAGGGAGGCACAUGGAUGAGAGCUGUGUGGGAGGGGUUAGCUUGAUUUUGGGGAAGGUUAAAGGGUUAGCAUAAUAUUGUGGGUUGAAGGGCCUGUGUUGUGCUGUAACAUUCUAUGCUCUAUGUAGUUGCUUUAGAAGGUUUUAAAAAUUAAUUAAAUUUUAAACAGUUUAACAGCCAGAACGUUUUAAUAGUUACAAAUUCACGUAACCUUUACUGAUGAUGAGUUCCUUCAGUAGAGAAUGUUAGAUAAAUAUAAAUACUAAAAGUACUUGCUAUUAAUGCAUGUUAAAUGGUACAAUCAGCAUCUGCUCCCUGAGGUACAAGAGAUUCUGGAUAACACAUACAAAUUGCUGGCGGAACUCAGCAGGUCAGGCAGCAUCUAUGGUGGUGGGAAACGAACAGUCAACGUUUCAAUCCUGAUAAAAGGCCUGAGCCCAAAAAACGUCAACAGUUCCUUUCCCUCCGUAGAUUCUGCCUGACCUGCUGAGUCCCUUGUUUGUGUGGGUUGUCCCCGGAGGUAGAUAUUUUGAAAAUAAAUGCUGCACUGUUGUGAGGAGUUGCAAAGUUCUCACUGGUACCCAGGUCCGUAUUUAUCCACAUCUCGAAUGGUGAUCUGUCUAGUGCUGUUUGUGGGACUGUGCUCCUUACAAAUAUUUCCCUGUGCCCACAAAUCAUUGAAUAUUCACUUGGUAUGAAAAUGCUCUGAGAUACAUAUCUCAAAUGAUUUGAAGGCGACAAAUCAUCGGAGCGAUUUAUACAGCAAAAUACACUUACAGCAAUUGUGCAAUGUCUUAAAAAAAGAAAUAAUAGGGCUCCUUUUACUACAAGCGACCAAAUUACUUGAAAUUAAGAGCAAUUAGAAAUGAUAUUUAUAAGUUUAUUGAGUAAUUUUCAGUUUGGUUACAGUUUGAUCACUAAGAGUCACCAUGGCACAAAGUUACAGUGAGCGUGGUGAUUCUAUCAUUCAAUACAGCCAAAGACACACAAGACAGCUGUACUCUAACCAUAAAGUAAGCAUCUGUAGAACAGUCAGACUUUGAGAGACAGAUCUCAACCUGGUUUGUUAAACCUCUUGACUUUACUGCAUUAGCCUGUGGAAAAAUUCAAUAAACUUCCCGGUGUAUUUAUACAAUGUUUCCUUUUUAUUUAAAAGACUAAAAUGGUUUAAAGUAUUUGAAUACCCAUUUAUUUCACAGGAUUGUUAAACAUCAACUGUGCCUCCAAGCUGAAAGUUUGUCCGUGAUUUGUGUGAGUUUUUCCUCAUCUUGUUCUUCCACCCUAGGACAACCAUCCCAAUGGCAAACAGCUGUCAUUUGCAACCUCUCUGUCCCUUAAUUAUUUUGGUGGACAAGUGGCAAAUCAUAGCUGUGUAAGAAGUUCUGGAACAGCUGACACUGCUUAAAUCUCCAUCAUUCCAUCUAGCUAUCUUCUGUGACUUCCUUUGUCUUGUUUUCCAAGACUUCAGAGUCAGUUAACAAGAGUGUGAAAUCAGAUGGGCUGGAGGCAUCUAUGUGACUCAGAAACACUCUGCAUUUCAAAGUAACAGAACAUCACACCAUGGCCAUUUCAUUGUAAGCCAAUGUUUUUCUGGAAUCCCUGUUGAAGACUUUGAAAUUAAGCUUGGCCCAUUCACAGGAAUAAUCAGAAAUUGUCCUUUAAAACAAGGAUUCCCAACCUGGGGUCCAAGGAGCCCUCGGUUUAAUGACAUUAAAGAAGUUGGGAACCCCUGGUUUAAACCAGUUGUAGCCCUUCUCAUGGCAUUCAUGUUAUUAUCUGGUGGUUCACGUUAACCAUUCGGUCUGAGCCAUCGUGGGUGUGUUCGCCAUCAAUACCGCUCCCUGCCUCAGAAUUUCUGGAAAAGAUCCCACUUUCUACUGCCAAAGUGCUUGCCUUGUGGUUAGUAGGGGCUUCCCUGUGUUCAGUGCUGAUCAGUACCACAACAAAUAAUAUUUCAGUGGCACUUCUGACUAGUAAAACAUCCCUACGAUGGAGUGUUAUUGAUAACACCAAAACACAGGUUACUCUUAGAAGUGUUCAAAGAGGUAGGGUGAGACUAGAAUUAGAGUUCUAGUCUCACCCAUGGGUGAAGGGUGAAAUGUUUAAGGGAAACACAAGGGGGAUCUGCUUGAGUCACACGGUGACGAGAGUGUGGAACGAGCUGCCAGCAGAAGUGAAUACAGAUUUGAUUUCAAUAUUUAAGAGGUUUGUAUAAGUACAUGGAUGUGAGGGGUUUGGAGGUCUAUGGUCCAGCUGCAGAACAUUGGGGCAAGGCAAAAUAAUAGUUUGGCACAGGCUAGAUGGGCCAAAGGGUCUGUUUCAAUGCUGUGGUGCUCUGUGACUCCAGGUAGGUUUCAAGAACCAUCUAAAAGGUGGAAGGAGAAGCAGAAAGGAGGGUAUUCCAGAAUUCUGCUCCCUAGACAGAGCAAAGGCCAGCUGUUCAGAGUUGGAAUGGUACCAGGAGCAGACUCAAUGGGCUGAAUGGCCUAAUUCUGCUCCUUUGUCUUGUGGAAAAUGGUGGUUGGUAAAAGAUCACAGCUGGAGGAACACAGAGACUGAGGUGAGACAUGUUUAAAGACCGCUGACUACACCCACACAUUUCAAUAUGGGGACGUGCCUUGAGUCUCUUCUCUGGUCAUAGUACACCAUUUGCUGCAAACUGUCCCCAAGUGCUGUAGCUAUAUUCAUAUAUCUGCAGUCUCAUUGGACUUCAGAAUUCAAAAUGGAUACAAUUCAAUGCAAACAAUCAAGCCCACAGUAACAUCAAAUCCACACUAAUACAGUUACAUUGUAAUGUCCAAAAAUUAUUUUCUUAACCAUUCUUUAUCCUCUUCAGAAGUGUGAGUUGAAAAGAAAAAAAAUGUUUGAAGGUGUGAUCUAUGUCAGCCAAGUGAAACACUGGUAUUUUUUUCCCUGGAAGACCUAAGCUAUCAACUAAUCAAGAACUUCUACUAACAAAGAUUCGUAAAGAAUAUAACAAAAUAUACACAAUUCAUUAAGAGUUUUAAGAAUAAUUAAAGCCUAUGAAUGUGGAACUACCAUUGUAUCUUACAUAUAGUAGGGCUGUAAUGUUGUAUAAAGCCCUUUUAUAAAGCCUGGUUCAAAGGCUUAUGAUGUGGCUAAAUUCAAUGCCUUAUAUAAACUUUAAACCUAUUUUUUUUAUAAAGCAAGACUUGCCCAGGUUUUUGGAUUUAAUCAAACCCUUUGAAUUACAAAAUGAUCAGAUUGUGCUCUAUUAAGACUGCAGCCAAAAAUACAACUGCAGAGAUAAAUUUGGUCUUACCAAAGAGUUAUGAAGGAUACUUUAAGUUGGAAAAUUUGGCAUUCAUUGUCAGUGCCAAACACUGGGAAUUGUGCUGCUCAUCUCUCUGCAUUUGUUCCAUCAAAGUUAUAGAUGAUUUUAUUCCCCUAGAGAUUUUGAAAUAAUGGGGUAAAUAUUCAUAGCUAACAGGAAAGAUUGAAAAGGUGGCUAAGAAGCAUACAGGAUAAGACCAUGGCCCAUUUGUGAUAGAACAUGUUCCUGUAUUUAUUCCACAUGAUAAAUCCCUGUUCUCAUGGCUACUGUCAGGAAGGAGGUACAGGAACCUGAAGGCACACACUCAGUGAUUCAGGAACAGCUUUCCCUCUGCCAUCUGAAUGGACAUUCGACCUCACUGCUUUUUAAAGAUUUCCAUUUUUGCACUACUCAUUUAAAUUAUUUAAUAUGUAUAUACUUACUGUAAUUGACUGUUUUCCCCCCUCUAUUAUCCUGUACUGCAUUGCACUGCUGCUGCAAGGACAACAAAUUUCAUGACAUAUGCAACAGAUGCUAAGCCUGGUCCUGAUUCUAAGCUGGCAACACACACACACACAAUGCCAUAGGAACUCAGCAGGCCAGGCAGCAUCUGUGGAAGAGUAAACUGUUGACGUUUCGAGCCAAGAACGUUCAGGUCCUGAAGAAGGGUCUCAGCUUGAAAAGUCGACUGUUUACUCUUUCCAUAGAUGCUGUCUGACCUGCUGAGUUCCUCCAGCAUUUUGUGUGUGUUGCUUUGGAUUUCCAGCAUCCCCUCUGCAGAUUUUCUCGUUUGGGAGCUGUUAACUUAUCUAAUACGACAACUUACGAUUCUGAUUUGUUCUAGGUGAAUGAACAGGAGAGCUUUCAAUGCAUAAUUUUUCAUAAGUUCUAUUGUAUUUCUUUAUUUUCCUGUAAAUGCUUGUAAGAAAAUGCAUCUCAAGGUAGCAUACUGAUAUAAUAUUUCAUUAACAUCUAACCUAAUCUGACCUACCACUAAUUUGGAGAACAGAGACAGAUCUAAUUGUGGCAUUUAAAGAAGGGUCAGUACUUAAAAGAAAAAUGAAUUACAGGGUUUACAAUGGAAAGAGAUUGGGGGAGUAGAAUUAGUGGGACUGUAAAGAGCCAAUGUGAUCUGGAUAGACUAAUCUACCCUACUGUAACCCCCUCAUGACUCUCUGAAAUUACUACCACUGCCCUUGGUCUCAUUUUCUCCAGCCUUGAGGAAUAUGUUCUCUCUAUCUUUUCUCCACUCUUUAAAGGACAACUGCUCGCCAUCGACUCUGCACUCUUGAAAGCCUUAAGCUUCCAACGUCUCUCUGUCACACAACUAUUGAUCGCUCACCAGUUUCUCCAGCUUUACUGCAGUGUUGCGGGCACUGAUAAAUCUUCCCCAUAAUGAAGCAGAGGGAAGAAUACAUAAUAAGCUGAGAUGCUGCUCUACCGUUACAGCUCAGAAUCUGCUGCACUCCAUAUGGAAAAAGGUCUAAAUUAACCCGCAGUAACUUCUUGCAUCAACUGAAUAGCCUGCCUGCCUGCCUUUUGCCUGUAUUAAUGUCUGGGAGGCUGUUAAAUGGCUCGCUUCUAGAAUGUGCUUUACAACAGAGUUUUUUUUAAACAAGUGGUUUAGUCAAAGUAAAUUUAUUUUCAAAGUACAUAUAUGUCACCAUAGCUUGAGAUGCAUUUUUUUGCAGGCAUCUAUAGGAAAAUAAUAAAAUACUAUGCAACAUACAAAAUGAUGGAGGAAAUUAGGAAAGGAAUAAAGAAUUGACAUUUGGGGAGUCCUGAAGGAGGGUCUCGGCCUUUAGUAUUGACUGUUUACUCCUUUUCGUAGAUACUGCUUGACCUGCUGAGUUCCUCCAGCGUUUUGUAUGUGUUACUCUGGAUUUCCAGGAUCUCUUGUGUUAGGAAUUUAUGGAAAACUAUCGAUAAAAAAAGCACGCCUGUUAGUUGAUAACACGGUUGAAAGUACAACUCAGAAUCUUCAGUUGUUGCAUUAAAGUUACCAGCUCAGUUUUGUGUGAUUUGCUGUUGGUGAGCGUCCAUAGUUAAGGCUGGUUUCCCAGCAGGUGGGAGAUCUAACGCAAUUCUCCAGAAGCAAUGGCAGUGAAGGUCACUCACACGGUCCUGGUGGCUUCAGCCCACGAGGAUGUGUUUGUGCUCAGCCUCCAGGUGAUUCUACCUGAGGUGUGGGGAAGUCAGGCAGGGUUCUUGCUUCUGACAGUUAUCUGGUGAUUCCUGCUUCAAGCGGGACAUGGAGAUAUUGUGUGCGGCUCUUACUUUACCUUCAUUAAAGUUAUACACAUCCUAGAUAAGCUUAAACAAAACAAAACUGCUGGAGGAACUCAGUAAUUCAGGAAUCGUCUAUGGAGGGAAAUGGACAGCAGAGGUUUUGUGCUAAAAUCUUUAGAUGCCUGUCCAUUUCCCUCCAGCGACGCGGCCUGGCCCACGGAGUUCCUCAAAUUAUUUGCUUUCUUUUACCAGCCUCUGAAUAAGUAAGUUUCACCCCACCAGGUUCCCCUUAAAUAUUUAAACUUUCCUCCUCCUACUUCUAUGACUUCUACUUCCAGUCACAACCAACCUCAGUGGAAAAAGCCUGCUUGCAUUUACCCCAUCUAUACCCCUCAUAAUUUUGUAUACCUCUAUCAAAUCUCCCGUCAUUCUCCUACGCUCCAGGGAACAAAGUAAGCCAGGGAACAAACUAUUCAACUUUUCCUUGUGGAGCCUUCCGUUCUUUCCAAGGAUUAAAAUCUAUCGUUUUAACCAAAACUUUGAUCACAUGGAGGUCUAGCUCUAAAUAAACAACCUUGUUCUAAAUAGUAAACUUAAUGACAGCCCUACAAGUUAAAAGCCUUGUUGUACUGCAUGCUUUUCGAGAUAAUGUUUCAGAGAAAACAGAUGACAAACAAUUGAAGUGUUGUCAACACAGAGAACUUGGCCACUUGGUAUUCAUCCCACAGCUCUGCCGCCUACAAUAUGCAGUGCACCGGCAAGAGUUACUGGCUCCACGGAGCUACAAAUGAGAUGGGGAGGCUCUGCGAACGUCCCACUCCUCUGUUGCUUACUGUUGCCGUCUGCGAAGUCAGCAAACAGCUCAACAAACAGCUCAACAUGGGGAGUGCGAUUUUCAAGCAAUCGCUUUGUUCUGACUGGGGCACCCGAAGCGGGUGUUAUCCGGGGGUGGCGGGAUAGGAGGGGUGGUGUUUGGAAAUUAACUUCAAGGCGGAAAUGUAAAGGCAAUCUUACUUUUGGGGAGUUACAGUUUUACUAAAACACUGACAGUUACAGGAUCCGAUAUCAACUUGCUUGUAAGGUAAAGGACUCUGUUUAUCUAAGAGUAGACAAUACAAAGAACAGUCAUCUGUUAUGAUUCCUGUCAGGCUGGGCAUUGUGUGAAUUAGGCUACGCAUGUCAUGGGUUAAGGGUGACCUGUUUGAGGGGAACUUCUUCACUCAGGGUGGUGGUGAGAGUGUGGAACAAGCUGCCAUUGGAAGCCGUGGAUGUGGGCUUGAUUUCAACAUUUAAGAGAAAUUUGGAUAAUUACAUGGAUGGGAGGGGCAUGGAGGGCUUACUUAUUUAUUUUUAAAAUUUUUUUAUUGAGGUACUGCGUGGAAUAGGCCCUUCCAGCCCUUUGAGCCACACCGCCCAGCGACCCUCAAUUUAACACCAGCCUAAUCACGGGACAAUUUACAAAGACCAAUUAACCUACCAACCAGACUUUGGACUGUGGGAGGAAACCUAGAUGGUCAUGGGUAGAAAGUACAAACUCUUAACAGGCAGGGAUUGAACCUGGGUCAUCUAUGGCAUAAAACGCCGCGCGAACCACCCAGCUACGUGCCGCCGAAUUAUGAUCUGGGUGCAACACUUCAAUUGUUUACCAUCUGCUUGCUCUAUUUGAAAUGUACCCAACGGUGUUGUUAAUUUGUUCUGUAGGUUUGGCAUGGACUAGAUGGGCCGAAAGUGACAAAGGUCUCAAACUACUGGCCACCGAAGGCCGUGGAUGCCAUCUUGAUUGGUAUUUGGAAUUCACUGUCACACACUGCUGUGGAGACCAAGUCAUUGGGUAUGUUUAAAGCAGGUUCUUGAUUAGUCAGGGCAUCGAAGGUUAUGGGGAGAAGGCAGGUGAAUAGGGUUGAGAGGGAUAAUCUAUGUUCAACACUACGUUUAGGAACAGCUUCUUCCCGUUCACCAUCAGAUUUCUGAAUGGACAGUGAACCCAUGAACACUGCCUCGCUCUUUUUGCUCCAUCUUCGCACUACUUAUUGAAUUCAAUUUUAACAAUAUGUACAUUGGAUUCUGGUUAAUUGGGCCAAUGGUUAGUCAGACAGCCACUUAUUUGGGACAGUUCUUAAGGGACAAAAGCUGACCAAGAAAAUUGCGGGGAUUCCCUUCAUUUGUUUAGGGCACCAUGCCGCUUAACUGGGGUAGGGAAUUCUUGCCGAACAGGCUCGAACUAGUGUCAGUCACGAGGACUCGUGUGGCCUUUAGAAUACACCACACUUACAGCAAAAUUUUCAAUAGCGUCAGCUACAUGUGUUCAAAAGUCAGUGCUUUCUGUCAUUGAUAGUCAGUGGGAAUUAAGCAGCAAGACAAUUCAGAACCAUUUCCAGGCUCGGUUUCAAGUAUUGAGGCUCGGAGAUGCCAGAAAUGGCUGGGCAUGAAAAUGAAACAAUUUCACUACUUCCACAAGUUAGGAAUUAUGAAGAAUUGGAAGGUAUGGACAAUGAAAGUGAAGAUUCAGAGGAUGCAAUCAUCUAAAGCAUUGUAUGAAAGCAGUCCAUUAUCUGCUCUAGGUGUCUGCACUGAUUUAGUUCAAUGCCUACACUGGAUGAAUUCCUCCCUCGAUAACUAUUAAGAACUAAUACACAAUUUUAUAGUACUAUUGGUAGAGUUCUAGUUUGUUCUUACUUCAUUUAAAUAUAUAAUUUGUUAUUCAGUUUGUCUUUUUUUAUAACUUUUUAACUAAAUUUCCAUGAAACAUUAGCUAAUUGGGGCAGCCGCUUGAAUGGACCAAAAUGUACUGGUCCUGAUGUGUCCCAAUUAACCAAUUCCACUGUAUUUCUUUUUGUGAUUAUAUUUUUAUCUAUUGCACUGCCCUGCUGCAGCAAAGUAACAAAUUUCAUGGCACACGUCAGUGAUAAUAAACUUGCUUCUGGAAUCAGCCAUAAUGGAGAGGCAGAACAGACUCGAUGGGUUGAAUGGCCUAAUCCUUAUGGUUUUAUUGUUAGCUCUAAAUCUGAGAUUGCUAUUUUAUUGCUAAGCAAAGGUAUGGAGGACAAAGACAGGUACGCAGGGAUCAGUCACAAAUGAGGCAUUGCCUCAUUGAAUGAGCAGAGAUGAGGGAAUAAGUGGCUUAUUCUCACCCUAUGUUCCUGUUUUGUACCCUGUGGGAUCGUUAGCGCAGCAGUGCCUUUUAGCGACAACUUCGCAUGUGCCCUUAAGUAUUUUCCUUUAAAUUGGCAACACUGCUUUUAAAUUGGCAAACAUCCCCCCCUCCCAAAAAAAUGUAAAUAUGAUAGCUGCAGAAAGUGUAGGAGAAAUCAGAAUUAACGUAGAUUGUCUCUCUAACAAAACUCAAGGGGAUCACACAGCAGCAGGUUCAAGUCUUUACACAUGAUAAAUUGUGUGCUGGUAUUUGCACAGUGUGGUGGUUUAUGUCCUUUGGUGGUGGGAACUGAUUGAUAUUCACAUCGAAUGCAGCAGGCUGUGAUCCAGGCUAAUUGCCCAACCAGUCACAGAGUAAGUGCUGAACACAGUCUUUUGGAAAAUAUAUACACAAGGAAACUGCUCUCUGCAUUGCUCUUCUGAAGGUGCACCCUAUCAGUCAUGUAAAAUUUGAAGCAAUAAUUCAGGCAGAGGUUAUUAUUGCAGGAUUUAGCAGACAGAUGCAGCGUUUGCACUAUCUGUUGGUAUUUAGUGUGCAGUUUGCAAUCGGUGGCAGCUCCUGACUAUUGCUUGUAAAGUUCAGCUUUCGAUGGCCUGAUCUCAAUAUCUGAGAUGUGGGGAGGACUCGGGGUUUACAUGGAACGUUUUACAGAUCUUGUUCAUUGAGUUCACUUUCAGCUGCUUUCCCCCAGAACCUGAGGUCAAAAUGUCUAAUACCAUUAUCUUAUUUUGCACAGAGAACUGUGUGUGUGUGGGGAACACGCUACCAGGGAUGGUGGUGGAGACUGAUACAUUAGAGGCAUUUAACAGACUCUUAGAUAGGCACAUGAAUAAUAGAAAAAUGGAGAGCUAUGUAGGAGGGAAGGGCUAGAUUGACCUUAAAGUAGGUAAUAAGGCCCGCAUAACAGUCUAGACCAAAAGGCUGUAACGUUCUAUGUUCUAGAAGGCAUAUGUUUAAGGCGAGAAGGGGCAAGUUCAAAGGAGGUGUGUGGAGUAAGUUAUAGAGUGGUGGGUGCCAGGGAUGGUGGUGGAGGCACAUACAACAAUGGCCUCUUAGGCAUAUUCUUUCAUAUACGAAGCAUUGUAAAAUGUUUUGAAGGACAGGCUGGUGCCUGGAACGACUACAUCAUUUGUUUAUUUCAGUCACCAUCUCUGAUAUAUGUAAACCAAUGCAAGAUGUUCAUUUGAAUGGUACCCCUUCACAUUCACCCUCUUCCCUGCUACUGCAUCAAUCAAUGUUAGCAUUUUAUAAAACAUCAGAAAGAAAUCUUUAAACUACAUGCUUUAAACGAGCCACGAAUCUUGCUGAGUUUCUCCAAUCCAAGUCACUUUCCCAUUGUCCAUUACUUCUAACGUGGAACCUACACCAAUACUGUACAUCGUCUACCUACUAAUUCAUACCUAGUCUAACACAGAUGUAAAUGACCUAUUGAAGGCUUUAAGU